AUGGCUCGUAAACUUAGCCUGCUAGCUCUUGCUAGCCUUGUUUCUCUCUCACUUCAGCAGAACUGCGCAGCAUUAUUUGGCCAAUGUGGAGGUAUUGGAUGGACCAGCCCGACGUGCUGCGUUGCUGGCGCCCAGUGCAUCUAUGUGAACGACUUUUACUCUCAGUGUCUUGCAUCAACUGGCGGUGGCGGUUCUACUACUAGAUCAUCUACCUCAUCUACCUCUGUUUCAAGAUCCUCAUCCGUUGGCUCAUCAUCCGGCGGCGGCGGCUCGCCAACCGGUGGUGCGUCCACAUAUACAACAACCGAUACAGCUACAGUUGCUCCUCAUUCACAAUCUCCCUACCCAAGUAUUGCUGCCUCCAGCUGCGGAUCUUGGACUCUCGUGGAUAACGUUUGUUGUCCAUCGUAUUGUGCCAAUGAUAACACAUCCGAGUUCUGUUCAGGCUGCGGUACUUGCACCACGCCGCCUUCGGCAGACUGCAAAUCCGGAACUAUGUACCCAGAAGUCCAUCAUGUGACUAAUAAUGAGACUUGGCACUAUAGUAGAUCUACGCAUUUCGGCUUAACGAGUGGCGGAGCUUGUGGUUUCGGUCUCUAUGGUCUCUGCACGAAGGGCAGCGUUACGGCGAACUGGACGGAUCCUAUGCUUGGAUCAACUUGCAAUGCCUUCUGCACGGCCUACCCCUUACUUUGCAAAGAUCCUGCAGGCACUACUCUUCGCGGCAACUUUGCAGCACCAAACGGAGAUUACUAUUCGCAGUUUUGGUCUUCUCUGCCAGGAGCUCUAGAUAACUAUCUGUCUUGCGGCGAAUGUAUUGAGCUUAUCCAAACAAAACCGGACGGCACCGACUAUGUUGUAGGAGAAGCAGGUUACACAGACCCGAUCACUCUCGAGAUAGUGGAUAGCUGCCCUUGUAGCGCGAAUUCCAAGUGGUGCUGCGGCCCCGGUGCAGAUCAUUGCGGAGAGAUCAAUUUCAAAUAUGGCUGUCCUCUUCCCGCUGAUAGCAUUCAUCUCGAUCUGUCGGACAUUGCCAUGGGUCGCUUGCAGGGUAAUGGUUCACUCACUAAUGGUGUAAUUCCAACUCGAUACAAGAGAGUCCCAUGCCCAAAGGUUGGAAAUGUGUAUAUAUGGCUUCGAAAUGGCGGAGGGCCGUACUACUUCGCUCUGACAGCAGUUAAUACUAACGGACCCGGAUCGGUCACCAAGAUUGAGAUUAAGGGCGCAGAUACAAGCACUUGGGUUGCUUUGGUUCAUGAUCCAAAUUACACUAGCAGUCGCCCACAAGAACGUUAUGGUAGUUGGGUCAUUCCACAGGGAUCGGGACCUUUCAACUUGCCAAUUGCAAUUCGUCUUACUAGCCCAACAGGCGAGCAGAUUGUCAACGAACAAGCCAUCAAGACGUUCACUCCACCGGCAACAGCAGACCCCAACUUCUAUUACAUUGACAUUGGUGUACAGUUUAGUCAAAAUUAA